UCGCUGCCAUGUCCCGGAGCCCGCGGGCACCCAGUUCCGCCGGGACUGAGGAAGGCGGGGCUGGAAAGCCCAACCUCGGCUCCGGCGGAGCAAAACAACGCGCGCUUUCUGGCUCUUGUUUUUUAGCAGACGUCAUCGGCAGUCCCCUAAUUUAGGGGGGACUGACUCAUCACUUCUGAGCGCCCAGACCUGCUGGUGCAGUCGCUGUUUGGUGAGGCACCGGCGUUGCUCUGCUUGUUGCAGGGAGUGAAGGGAGCGGCGGCCCGUGUGUAGGGACUCCCUCGCCUCAGCCCCCCUGAAGUGUUUUUGCUGCCAUCAUCAAGUCGGUGCCUGAAAGCGCAAAGUUGGGUUUUCAGGGAAGCACAGGCAGCCCUUUGCCGAUACCUCGCACCCUCCAGUGGGAGCCGGUACCGAAAUAAUUCUGAGGAGUGGAAACGGUACCAUAGACUAAGCCUGUUUUGAUCCGACUCCGACCCACUUCUUCGGGCAGGUGUCACAGGGCAGUUGCUUGUUUUCUGAAGAUAUUUCUCCUAUGUUAGGUUUGAUAUAAUUCGAAGGAUAAUGACCAAGUUUUUUGGAAUUGAAGUUAUCAUGGUGAUGGGGAUCACAGACAUAGAUGACAAGAUAAUAAAAAGAUCCAAUGAGAUGAAUGUAUCGCCAGUAGCUCUUGCUCGUUUUUAUGAAGAAGACUUUAAACAAGAUAUGGCUGCCUUAAAGGUCCUCCCUCCUACAGUAUAUAUGAGGGUGACUGACAAUAUUCCUCAGAUAAUUUCCUUUAUAAAAACAAUAAUUGCUAAUGGACAAGCUUACACAACCUCACAAGGCAAUGUUUAUUUUGAUGUUAACUCCUGGGGAAAAAGAUAUGGAGUAUUAACUGCUAUUAAUCCUGAUACCCAAGAUGAAGCAGUUGAAUCUGAUAAACGACACGGUAAAGAUUUUGCCCUGUGGAAGGCUGCCAAGCCUCAGGAGCUAUCUUGGGAUUCUCCCUGGGGAAAAGGAAGACCUGGAUGGCACAUUGAGUGUUCCACAAUAUCGAGUGCAGUGUUUGGAAAGCAGCUGGACAUCCAUACUGGUGGAAUAGAUCUUGCAUUUCCUCACCACGAAAAUGAAAUAGCACAGUGUGAGGUGUAUCAUCAGUGUGAGCAAUGGGGGAAUUACUUUUUACAUUCUGGGCAUUUGCAUGUUAAAGGAAGUCAAGAAAAAAUGUCGAAGUCAUUGAAAAACUACAUAACAAUUAAGGAUUUCCUGAAGAAAUUUUCGUCAGAUCAGUUCAGGAUGUUUUGUUUGCGCGGCAGAUACAGCUCAGCAGUGGAAUUCAGUGACAAGAGCAUGGAUGAUGCAAAGAACCUUCUUCAGGCAACCUCCUCAUUUAUUACAGAUGCAAAUGCAUAUAUAAAAGGACAGCUGGUGUGUGACCCUAUUAGAGAAGACAUACUGUGGGAACGGCUAGCCAACACAAAAGUAACCGUGAAGGCUGCGUUUGCAGAUGACUUUGACACCUCCAGGGCUGUUGCAGCAAUUAUGGACCUCAUUCACCAUGGCAACAGACAGCUUAAGGCUGUUACUAAGGAUGCUGGAUCUCCUAGAAGCUCUGUUGUGUAUGGAAGCAUUAUUUCCUAUGUAGAAGGUUUUUUCAAUGCCCUUGGGAUGUCCUUUGGAGAAAGACAGGGGGCUGUGGGAGGAGACAACUCUGCAGUGCUCUCUAAUGUCCUUGACGAGCUUGUGAGGUUCCGCACAAGGGUCCGUCACUACGCGCUGGCUCUGCCCGAAGCAGCAGGCGCUGUGCCAGUGGAGGGGGCUCCAGGAGCCAGUGAACCCAAACAAGAGCAGAAGGAGAAGAGGAAGCAGUUAAUGCGUGAGAGAAAACCCCUCCUGGAGGCUUGUGACAGUCUUCGUGAAGACCUUGCUGCCUUCGGAAUCCACAUAAAGGACAGAGCUGCUGUUUCAACCUGGGAAAUUGUGGAAGGAGGGCAGACAGAGCAGCAGACUGAGAAAAAAAGCUGAUCUUUGGACUUGUUUUUUAUUUCAGCUGCUUUGGCAACUGUUGUAAAUACUGAUUCUUUCCAAAUAAAGUCUGUGGAACAAAAUGGCUAGCAACAA